AAAGUCAAAGUUGCAAGAUAUGGGUAGCUAUAUAAAAUUGAAAAAUACUCUCCCUGCUCUUUUUAGGUGGGUCCUUUCUAAAGCCAAGAAGGACGAUACGGAUGAUGAGAUUGCCAAAUAUGAUGGCAAAUGGGAAGUACAGGAAAUGAAGGAUACUAAACUUCCUGGGGAUAAAGGACUUGUGUUGGUUUCACGGGCCAAACAUCAUGCAAUUUCUGCCAAACUUAAUAAGCCUUUUAUCUUUGACACCAGGCCUCUCAUUGUACAGUAUGAAGUCAACUUCCAAAAUGGAAUUGAGUGUGGUGGUGCAUAUGUGAAACUGCUUACUAAAUCUAAUGAUUUAAAUUUGGACCAGUUCCACGACAAGACUCCAUACACAAUUAUGUUUGGUCCUGACAAGUGUGGUGAGGAUUACAAGUUACAUUUUAUUUUCCGCCACAAGAAUCCAAAGACUGGCAAAUAUGAGGAGAAACAUGCCAAGCGUCCGGAGGCAGAGUUAAAGAAUUUUUUUACUGAUAAGAAGACGCAUCUUUAUACACUGGGUAAAGCAGCCACAUAUUCAGAUACUUUUGUGGGUGAAAUUAUAAUAUAGUAAUUAAUGAAGGCAAGAGAGGGAGCAUUUUCAACUAUGG